GUGUGUGUGUAUAUGAUGUUUUCAUCAUGCGUGGAUACAUGCAAUGUGAAGAAAAAAGAAGACAAUCAUAUAUUUAUGAUAUAUAUUUUACUUUGCUGUUGUCGUCAUAUUAUUGCUGAGAGGCCGUAUUGUCCCACAGGAACUGAUUACGUGUCUGUGUAUCAAAGGGAGAGACAUUAUGCUUGUGGUUGACGAAAAAAUCAAUACGUUUUUGGCACGUUUGAGUGUGUGUGUAUACAAGCAUCUCUUAGCUUCAUUAUAACAACGUGCACGUCUCCUGGGUUGGUAUGCUAAGACUGUAAUAAGUUGUAAACAUGAGAAGCUAUACAGCAGUAUUACUGUGGGCCCGUUUCACAUCUGAAGCUAUGAGGACAAAGAUGGGGCUUUGUAUCAAUGGAACAAUGAAACGGUAACGAGAAUUGGCAACAGACCACAUUAGACCACUAUGGGACCAUGCAUAGUUACGGGGUUUUUAGGAGGCCUGAAGGCGAAUAAAUGUUAAAAACUGGCCUGCGAGUGUUACCCAGAGCAGCAGAGUCUGUCUGAGGUCAAUUAUUGUAUGGCCUAACCUCCUGAUAGCUAUUUUAUUGAAUUUCCUUUUUUAGCGGAAGAGCGCAAGAGUGAAUUUGAGUUCCCGCUGGAAAACGGACACGCAAUCUAAAUAUUUAGGGCUUUUACUUUGAAAGAAUAGAAUGAGUGGAUCUGGAAUAUGUCCGUUCCACACAACGUGGUUGGUUGAUGGACGCCUUUAUUUUUUUUUCUACAUAAUAUUCAAAUAACGGUACAAAAACAUUUUAUUGUUGUGGGUAUUAAUCGCACAGAGAACCCCCGCUGUGUAAAUACCUUAAUAAGGCUUUUAUCUGGUUACCACCGAGACUUGCAGUCACCUCCUUUGUUUAAAAGAUUCCUAUACUGUCAUUCCUGUUGAGACACUUAACCUAACCUCCUCUAGGAGGCAUCCUCACUUUAAUCCCCUUGUGAAUACAUGUAGUUGAAAAGAACACACAGGCCCAAAAGACUGACGGACAACCGGAUAAAUAUGAAUAUCUUCGUUUUAAUGUUUUGCUUUGGAUCCUCACAUAACGUAUUCAGAGCUUCCAGGCAGGUGAACACAGUAUGACAGAACGCUGACUCCAUCUUCAGGCCCGAGAGGGUCCUAAAGCAGAGAUCCAUGUCCACUGCGCUGUGGAAUUGACCUCCGUCUUAAGCCGCCGCCCAGCAGUGGCUCCACGCUGACGACGGCGGCGCUCUGCACUGUCAACCCUGCUAUGUUCACUCUUAACCUGUGUUUGGUGUGUUGUUCACUGACUAAUGGUAUGUCUCUUUCCCCUUUCCCCUUUUUUUUUUCAUUCACACACAUGUCCUUUUUCUUUUCUUUUUUUUAAAAUCACUUCCCUCUUUGCGUGCCGUCAUCAUUUCAUGAAACAAAAAUAUAAUGAAAUGAUGUUUUUAAUGCACAAUGCGUCGGUGGUUUUGUUUUACUUAUUUGACUUCACUGCUUGUUGCCUAUGUCCACGGCGGGUCUCUCGCUUGUCCCCUCUUCCUCUCCUCCAUCAGUCAAUCUUCAUGUUCCCCCUCUCCUUCUCCUCCUCAUCCUCCCUCUCCUCCCUCCCCCCGUCCCUCGACACCAUCUCCGAGCUCGACCACGGCCUGUCCGACAUUUCCGAGGACGACAACCUCAUAGACGCCACCGCCACCGCCUCGCACGCGCUGUGGGCCCUCCCCUCAAACGCCAUCUCUCUUUUCUCCGACCAGGAGUCGGCUCAUUUCGAACCCCUCGCACAAAAACCUCCUCCGGCCUCCCCCGUCCCGGUCGCGAGCUCCCAAACGUGCCGCGCGGAGGUUUCCGGAGUCGAGGCCGGCUGCAGCCCGGCAGCCGGCCUCGACUCCACGGCCGAAUUGCCAAGUUGGUGGAGCCGGUUCUCUCUGAGGGGCGUGGCUAAAUAUGUUUCUUUCGUCCUGUGUUUCCUCUCCGCUUGGGGGAAGAAUGGAAACAGGUGUCUGCCCGCCAAGCUCUUUUCUGGCUUGACAAAGAAACUGAGGCUUUUCACUCCGAAGCUCACGCUCAAGUCGGCGGCGGCAGUCGGUGCCCCCAAAUGUAUCGUCGUGCCCCGAUUACGUCAGAUGUUUAACAGCCUGGCAUUCAAAUUGACUCGAUUGGUGGCUUUUGUCAUGAGCUACCUGCCUACUAAACUCAUGAGUUUGGUCCCCGCGGUUCUUUGGCACCCGACACGACUACGGCUGCCCGCCAUUUCGUCUCUCACCUGUCCUCCAAUCGUCUCUUCCUUUUCCUCCCUCUCCUCUCUGCCCUUGUAUUUAUUUCCUGUCCCGUCUCGCCCCUCUCUCUCCUCCCUCUCUCGCUCCGACCUGACCCCAUCCGUGCACCGCUACCUCCUGGAUCCCUCCCCUCUGUUCCUGCCCUGCCUCUUAGUCGUCUUCCUGUUGGCGGUGAUGCUGACGGCGAGCCAGUCCCUGGUCUUGGCCCUGAUUUUAGCCACACCCCUCGGUCUGACCCUGUGUUACCUAGAGAACGUGGUCUCCAGUCACCGACGGGCGGUUUCGCCGACGUUUACCUCUAAAACGCCGGGUGCCCAGUCCGAGGACCGGUCGGGCUCUCCUCUCACACCGACGCACACGCCUCCACGCAUCAGGCACCACGCUCACACCGGCGCUACCUGGACGCAAGAGAUGUGCGAUCCCGCCGCAUAAAUACAGCCGUAAACAAACCCUCCGCCGCUCCCCUCCACUCUUCUCCUCCUCCUCUGUGUUUGAGUGUGUAAACUGUGUGUCUGGACAUCCAGCCCUGCCACCUCCUCCGCCUUCUUUACCUACUAAUUUCUGCUUGCCUGCGAUCCCUCGCACCCCUGCCAACCCCACUGUAUUAUAAUAAAGAUCAAAAUAUAAGAAUAAGUAAGAUUUAAACUAUUAAGACUCAGAGUUUGGGAUAAACGGUGUUUGAAAUAGAGGAAAUGUUAAUUAAGCUUUUAAUGUAGAGAAACGAAAGGUAUAUUAAGAGAUUUAAAUACUGUACAGAGAUGAGAUUUAUUGAUUUUGAGAGUCGCUUCAACCACUUGGUGUGUUUAAUAAAUCUUUUAUAAUGAGCAAAUCAUUAGCUGAUUAUUGUCACUCAAAUAAAAUGAAGUGACGUAGUGGUAUAAAUCGAUAAUAUGUAAGAUAAAUAAGAACUUAAACGAUAAAACUAAUUUUAUUUUUGCCUAAAUCUUUAGUUUUAGUCUAUUUUGCCCAUUGCGGUGCAAAGAAAGAUUAGUUGUAUAUUAGCUUAGUUAUAACUGCACAUGCUGAUAGGUGCAGUAACCUCCCCAGACCUGUACACAGAACGCUUAUUGUUUUGUGUAUUAUUGCUGAUGAAUGUUGAGAGUAAACAGUGUUACCCUUCCCCCUCACACCUGAGCGUUGGCCGUUACUCUCGGCGAUAUCAUUUUUUUGGUGGCCUUUUGUUGCCCGUGAGGCUGAAUGAAGCAGAUUAUUAUGCUCAUUGCCAGAAUAACUAUUAUAACUCGUCGUAGACACGGUGUGUGUGACUUGGAUUUAGAAAGGAAUGCUGUCCGUAAAAAGGUGUUUUGGAGAAACAUACCUGUAACUGGAGUCCGUAGCAGCUGAUGCCUCCUUUUAUUGACCAUCUCACACUCUCCCAUGUUACUGCUCCUGUGGUCACAUGACCGGUUGACACCGAGGUUGCUCAGGGGGGAGAAACCAGCUCUUUCCCCAUCAUCCAUUUCACACUUUUUGUUUUUUUUUGUCUUCGCGCCCCUAUCCUCCUCCUCAUUUUUGUCAUGACA